AUGGCGGACCUCAUGGUUCCGAAAGUCAAGCUGGAGAGUGUGGCGAGCGACAAGGCGGCCUCACUGUCCGCUGCCUCCCUCUCUGAGAAGAGCAAACCUGGGUCUCCGAGUGCGGAAGGUGAGGAUGCCACUAGCGAGGAAACGAGUGAGGAAGCAAGCGAGGACGAGUCAAGUGCCGAGUCCGACGCCAACAGCCGCGAAGACACCGUCCUCAACGCCCAUCUUGCCCUGCUCCGGCGGCGUCCCGGCCUAGACGAGCUUAACGAAAUCAAAACAACGCCUCUCUUCACCGAGGCCGUUCGCAAGUAUGCGCUCUCGCUUGCCGGUGCCAAAACGGACCCACCUUUCAGUCAGUAUGGUCUAUUAGCUGGCGACUUGACCGGCAGCGCCGAUGGCGACGUCUCUGACCCGCGGAUCUUCUGGAACAUUGCUGCGCCCUCCAGUUACUUCAUUUGCGGCAGCCAAGGAUCUGGCAAGAGUCACACCUUGUCCUGUCUGCUAGAGAACGCUCUUGCGCCGUGCGAGGCGAAUGUUCUCCCCCGGCCGUUGACAGGCAUCGUCUUUCACUACGACACCUUCAUUUCUGACUCUGGCGGCUCUCCUUGUGAGGUGGCCUGGCUGUCCUCGAACAAGGACAUCAAAGUCCGGGUCUUGUGUCCACCGACGAACAUCCGUACAUUGCAGCGUCUUUACAAAAAGUUCCCCAACAUCCAGGUUGAGGAGUUGCGCCUCAACCAGUCAGACCUCAACACAAAGCGCAUGCUGGACUUGAUGGCCGUCACCACAGGCGGAAAUCUCCCUCUCUACCUCCAUGUCGCACAGCGCAUCCUUCGAGACUUGCGUGUAGACCAGCAAAAGAGCGAUACCGGGUUCAACUACACGGCGUUCAAACAAAAGCUUGCUCUAGAAAACCUCACGGAUAUGCAGCUGGCCCCGCUGAAGCAGCGCCUCGAAACCCUCGAGUCUUUCAUGGUCGAAAAGCAGGCAAAGGCCUACGAUAUGUUUCACGGGUCGCAAACAUCCCGAUCGCGGCGAGCGAUCGUAGCAGAGGGUACCUCCUGGAAACCUCGCAACGGCCAUCUCACCAUCGUCGACUUGUCCUGCCCCUGCGUCACUCCAGAGAUGGCGUGCUCCCUCUUCAACAUCUGCCUCUCCCUCUUCCUAGAACAGGACUCGGCCACCGUCGGCCGCAUCGUCGCCCUCGAUGAGGCCCACAAGUACAUGACCGAUUCACAGGAAUGUGCCGCACUCACAGAAGCCCUCCUGUCCACCAUCCGCCUGCAGCGGCAUCUUGGUGCACGGGUGAUCAUUUCCACACAGGAACCCACCAUCAGCCCCAAGCUGCUGGACCUGUGCAGCGUCACGGUUGUUCACAGAUUCACGUCUCCGGACUGGCUGAAUGCACUGAAAAAGCAUCUGGCGGGGGUCUCGUCUGGCGGUAAGUUGCUCGAGAAGGCUAGGAAGCUGAAGUUGGGCGACGAGGAUGGGGAAGAAGCGAUCGAUGGUUUUAAGGCGCUGAUUCUGGGUGAUGCGGACCCGGCGCUGGAGUUGUUCUCGAGGAUCGUGGACUUGAGGGUCGGCGAGGCGUUUGUGUUUGCGCCGAGCGCCAUUAUCGGGGUCAAGAGGAAGGAGGGCGAGAAGGAGGGCGAGGCGAGCGGGCUGGCGGAUAUUAGACGGUUGGCUCAUGGCGUGCUGAAGGUGCGCAUCCGCAACCGGACGACCGCCGACGGCGGGAGGAGUAUCAUGGCUGCUUGA